AAACAAAGACCACAGUUAUGUGGCCGCCGACGAACACUCGGCGGAGCUCCGGCGAAGCCUCCGAUUGGAUCUCCGAGGUAAUCAAUGGCGGUUCUCUACGCCACGUUGACCUUCACUCCGGAACCAACGGCUGGACCUCACCGCCCGGAGACGUCUUCUCUCUUCGCUCCAACGACUACUUCACAAAACGACAAAAAUCCCCCGCCGGCGAGUACCUGCUAUCGCCGGCCGGCAUGGACUGGCUCAAGUCCAGUGCCAAGCUGGAUAACGUGCUUGCACGCGCCGACAACCGCGUGUCGCACGCGCUCCGCAAAGCGCAAGCCGAAGGUCGUUCUCUGAAGAGCUUCGUGUUCGCCGUGAACCUCCAGAUUCCUGGCGGGAAGGAGCACCACAGCGCGGUGUUCUAUUUCGCGACGGAGGAACCGGUCCAGGCCGGUUCGCUGCUUUACCGGUUCGUGAACGGCGACGACGGGUUCAGGAACCAGCGGUUCAAGUUGGUGAACCGGAUCGUGAAGGGACCGUGGAUCGUAAAGAAAGCGGUGGGGAAUCACAGCGCGUGCUUGUUGGGGAAGGCGUUGACGUGCAAUUACCAUAGAGGACCCAACUAUUUGGAGAUUGACGUUGAUAUUGGGAGCAGUGCCAUCGCCAAUGCGAUUCUUCACCUUGCGUUGGGGUACGUGACCACCGUCACCAUCGAUAUGGGGUUCCUUGUGGAGGCGCAAACGGAUGACGAGUUGCCUGAACGCUUGAUCGGUGCCGUUAGGGUUUGCCAGAUGGAGAUGUCUUCCACCACCGUCGUCGACUCGUUACACGCGCCGCCUAUGGCGCGUGGCCAUGGAUUGGCCAAGGUGAAUCACCACAAAUCUGCGGAGUCGUAA